GACUCCCUCAGUGAGCUUUUAUUUGACCACUAGAUGUCAUACUGGCGACAAAGCAAGACAACCGAGGAGGCAGACGCAAGCAGAUCCUAUAAUUUGUUAUAAAAGUAGCCAAUAUAUGACAGCAAAUCCAUUGCACAUUUAGGGGAAUGAGAACUUUCUAGUUUUUGUUAAAAGUGUGUUAUGGUCUAACUCCUGAGCGUAAUCUGACAGUGGGGUGUUUUCCACAUUUUUUUUGAUGCUAUUGAAUGUUUUUGCACAUAUAGAUGACGUACACCCAUUUCAUUGGAAUGAGUCUGUUACAGUGUGGCCAGAGGGUUUGCUUAAGUAAACAAAUGUGCAGAUAGACCGAACAGCCUGGACGGACAUCUUCCCCGAGGACCUGAAGAUGUUGCAGUAGGUCCAACCCCUCCCUUCUCUGUAGGACUAGCGCGCGCACUCCUGCUCUUUUACGCAUCGUUUUAUCCAGAUCGCUUCCUAUAAAAUUCACUGUUAUCGGGGGACACUGACGGCGCUGCCUCGAGCCUUUUCCCGUUCUCGCGUGUUUCUCAAGGAUAUCUAGUAAGAUCUUCCCUGUUUCCAGGAGUCUGACGUGGGCGACUGUGGAUACGACGUUUGAAGACGAAUCGAAACGCCGAGGACUGAAAUCAUGGAGUGUCUGGAGUGUAGCAGGACUGAUAAACAAACGAGGUUUGGGUGGUUGGCAGUGUGAAUUCUGUGCAGGGCCGACCAACUGUAAACAGAUACGGGCGAUGUAAACAUUGGCGUGCCUUGUUUUCCCUUUCCCCUCUAAUUUGCCGCAGAGAAGCGUAAAGAUUUGGUUUCGCGGAGAGAGAGAAAUCACAAGAGAAGGGGAUGAGCACGAAUAAUUGAAUAAUUAAUUUGCAAUUAGUUGCAGUAGAGAAACACUAUUGCAUGCAAGAAAGUUUGUGUCUAAAAUACGAUGCCAGAGUUUCCAAAAAUGAUGCGAAAUAGUCUGCGGUCAGGCUGCACGCAUCUCACCAGGAGAUAUUUCCUUAUGGUGACUUAAAUUUAAUCGCAUCUUCAUUGUGCAGCCUUCAUAAUUGCCACUAUUAUCAUUAAAUAUUUCCACACAUCAACUAGCCUAUGCCAAGGCCACAACGGUGUUGCACAAGUGCUAGGCCUUUUUUUAUGCAUUUUGUGUGAUGAGCGAGGUGUGUUAAACUUCUGAACAAUCAACUUUGGGGAAAACUUGUGAUGGGCGUAUGCUCAUAUUUUCAGCAAUAGCUGAUAGAACGUCUACAAUGUGUCCUCACGUUCCUUCUUUAUUGUAAUCUAAAAAAUGCAUUUUCCUUGGUGACCGAGAGGACUUGCGUUAGGAAUAGCCUUUGGCAAAUACUGGAGAAGGUGCAGCCUGAAAUAAUGCAUUCUAUGCCGUGUCUAUUGGCUCGCGUUGUUGUGGAUAGGUCUCACUGACAUUCAGACCAAAACAAUGCUAAGGUCAGUUCAUAAGUUGGGCGUUACCUUGGUGGGUAAGUUAACAUGAGUCUCGAGAGAAGACGCAGAGAAGCCUAUAGCCAAAACUAAAACCUAAGACAUGGGAGCAAAGCAGACAAAGGGAGCCGAGGCUGGCCCAAGCCCUCACCACGGCUGGAAACGGACACCGACCAAGGAACGAAGCGAUUUGUUCGCCUCGUUCAUGCUGAGGUCAGGGGACAAGCUCGGUCGGAGCGGGACGCCACCUCCAUAUCAGCGGCGCAUCGGCAUGAUCCAGGAGAUGAUGACGAUGGCAAAGCAGGGGAAACACGACGAGGCCACGGAGAUGCUGAAGACACUCAGACAGGAUUUGGGAAUGGAGUCUACAUCUCUGGACGACGUCUUGUAUCGCUACGCCAGCUUCCGGAACCUGGUGGACCCCAUCACGCAUGACCUGAUCAUCAGCCUGGCCAAGUACAUCCACUGCCCAAAGCCGGAGGGCGAUUCUCUGGGUGCCAUGGAGAAGGUGUGCCGGCAGCUGACCUACCACCUGAGCCCUCAUUCACACUGGAGGCGGCAGGGUCUGAUCAAGAGGAAGCCCCAGGCAUGCCUGAAGUCUGUUCUGUCCGUCACCCCGACCAGCGGUGCCCUGGACCUGUCGGGCAUCCCGCUGGGCGUGCGCGACAUGGAGCGCCUGUGUGCCCACCUCCAGCGCCACGCCUCCCGCCUCUGCAGCCUGGAGCUGGGCUUCACGGAGCUGACGGACGACGCCUUCCUGCUGCUGCUGCCCACGCUGACCGCCCUGCCCCGCCUGGAGACGCUGGCGCUCAACGGCAACCGGCUGACGCGCGCCAUCCUCAAGGAGCUGACGGAGGCGCUGAAGGACCCCGACAGCUUCCCCAGCGUCACCUGGAUUGACCUGGGCAACAACGUGGACAUCUUCUCCCUGCCGCAACCCCUGCUGGUCAGCCUGCGCAAGCGCUGCCCCAAGCAGGGCAACCUGCCCACCAUCCUGGAGUUCGGGGAGAGCCAGGCCAGCGAGGCGCCCGAGCGUAGGACGGGCUUGGACGAGGAGGACGACGAGGGAGACGACACCAACCGGACAGAGAGCACGGGCGAGCUGCGGUCGGAGGCGGAGGGCGAGAUGGACGGCGAGACGGAGAUCGAGGAGAUGGUCGAGGAGUUGCUGGACUUCGACAGAGCGGUGCAGGGCAAGGAGGACGAGAGCGAGAGCAUGUGGACCAUGGAGGAGCCAAAGAUGCGGAGGAGACAGUCGACUCGGAAGGAGGAGCAGGAGCAAGAGGAGGAGGAGGAGGAGGAGGAGGAGCGGGAGAAAGCCAACAGGGGAAAGCAGCCAGUGAGGGCAGAGGCGGAGGACGACACCCAGAGUCGCUCUUCAAACAUGUCCUGCUCCAGCCCCUCCCACAAUUCCUCUGCAGCCUUUGACCUUCCGAGAGAGGAAAGUGGAGGUAGCACCGCGCAAAGUUCUGACUGUCCCACUUGAAAGGGUCACUAGUACUCCAGUAUAUUGUCACUUCUAUUAUGUGCCACCAUUCCCUGUGAUGGGUGUAUUGUUUGUCUCGUCGAGAGAGAUCGAGAGAGAGACAGCUAGCCAGACAGACAGAGACAGACAGAAUCUGCAGACUCUGCUAUCUCCACUUUGUGGGUGUCUUGGUUUGCAUGGUGAGUUCUGAUUCAGUACUCAAUAGAGCAAUCAACAACUAAAUAAUGGUAUGACAAAAAAAAGUUUAUAACUUCAUUACCCCUUACCAUAUAGUCUCAUGUCUAAGCGCAGUAAUGCAAUCCGAACCACUCAUUAAAUAUAAAAGAUUAUAUUUUACAGUGAACCGCGGUGUGUUUUUAAAAAGUAUCAUUCAGGUGUGAGGUCUCCCCUUUACCCUGUCCAGGUGGGGACAUGUUCCUAUGUGCCUGUACCAUUGCUACCUUGCUGGCGAACCAAUUAUGUGGAGUUGUCGGUAAAAUGAGACAGAGACAGAGAGCACGAGAGCUACAGAAAUGUCUUCAUUCCUCUAAUUCGCUGUCUUUGAAUCUAUGCACCACCAAGCAGAAUGGAAAUAGCCAGCACUUCCCUCCCCCAGCACAGUGUUUCUGCCGCCCCGUACUUCCUAAUCAAGAGGGCUGGACUGGCCAUCUAGCAUAGCAGGGCAUUUCCAGUUGGGCACCCGCUCCCUCGUGGGCCCCUUUUUUCAGAGAUAUAAAAAUAUGUAUAUAUGUGUAUAUUUUUUUUACAUUUCUGAAAAUAUUAGUCUAGGAGGGUGCGGGGCCUACUGGUGAGUCAGAUCUGCGCCGCUAAUUAUGAGGGGCCCCUUUAAGCCAAAUGUGCCCGGGCCCUAUUUUUCCCCCAGUCCGGUACUUCCUAAUCAAUACAGCCUUGAGGUUAUUCAGCUGGACAGCAGGCAGAUGUGCUGAGAGCAGCUUUAAUGAAGUGCUACCAUUUAGAUGAGGGCAAGAAACGCACACACACACACACACACACACACACACACACACACACACACACACACACACACACACACACACACACACACACACACACACACACACACACACACACACACACACACACACACACUGAAAAAGACCAGAGUAAUGAGAAAGAAUGUCCAACUUAAACGUUUUAAAACUGUAAAAAAAAACCUGGGGAUUUUGUACACCAAAGAGACUACCCUUGCUCGCUUUUCAAAGAGGCAUACAGACUAUGUACAGUAUACUAUAUUAAGCAGAGACAUGCUACUCUACCCUCCCUUUAUUAAAGCCGAGCAACUUCUCUCAAAUAUGUAUACACUUCAUUCCAAGGAAUAUAUACUAAAAUAGAAAUGAACUUGUAUUGAAAAAAAACACCUUUCAAAUGUAUACAGUUAUGAUGGAAGUGUGAGCAAUGACUUUUGGAGGGAAUCUGCUUAUGACAUAUAUCUGUCCCUUGCCAAUUAGAUGCUGCUAUCGCUGUUUGCUUAGAAGGAUGCAUAGCUAUCCAAAUAUUAUUGUGAGUAGUUGUACGCUUCCGAGGCAGUGCACUGUAGGAUUUUCAAAACAUCCCCUUUAAUUAGAACCCUUUAUCCUUAAAGGUAAAGUAUGUAAUGUUUGUAGUUUGUUUUUGAAAUGUAUGCGGCCAAUUCACAGUGUUCUUCUUUUUAUUAGUAUUUUCUAAGUCAUAAACUAAUCUUUACUGUUUUGACCAAAGCUUUGCAGCCAAAACCACCCACCCAACCAUGAUUGGAUAUUAAAAUUGGAGGACACGGAACAGAUUUUUCUUUUCAUGUAUGAAAAGUGUAAAUUUACAGGUCAAACGAAUACCAGAAAAUUAUACUGAUCGAUGAUAUUCAUGAUAAAGAAACCAUGUGUGAUAAGGCAGCAUAAUUUCUGGAAAUAAACUAGUAAAUUAUAUACUCUACUGUUGAAAUUGAAAAUAUGAGUACCCUGUGUGCACUUUCUUGAAACAAUGUUCUUGUUCUCAGGUGCUCUUAUCACAGAGGAACACUUUCAUCUUUCAAAGUCAAAGUGUACUUUAUCUCAGAGAAAGAUGCGGUUCUUCAGCCUCAUUUUGUGUAUUCACCAUUUAAUUUGUAAUUUUUCAGUGAAUUUCUAUGAUGCCAGACAUAUUGUAGCAAAGUGGCCAUGCACUCACUGAUAAUAAUGUUUGCACCAUGUGUAUAUAGCCUUGUAGGUCUUUAUAGACCUCACAGCAUAAUACAGUAGGUUGUUUUUGAUGACAAAGAAAACAUUACAAAACAAUUACAAAUGUGAUGGGACCUAAUAUCUGAUGCAUAUGUUAAACCUGUACAUUUUUGUUUAGAAUCCUCAAAUAAAUGAAGAAAAAUGUAAAAAGAACUAAGCUAUUCUUUAACAGCCGUGUGUAUCUGAAUAAAUGUAACAUUUAUUAUGUGUUACUGAUUUUACUUUGUGUCUCCUGUUUUAAAAAAAUAUUUUUUUCA